GAUGUCAGCAUAUUUACUCAUAUUUGAUUGAAAUUUUCAUCCCAAAGUUGAAACCUGAUGAAAUAAUGUAAUUCAUAAUCAGUUGAAACUCUCGAAAUCAUCAUGUAACAUCAACAGUGAAGGAUUCUUUAAUUUUUUAAGAAAAAACAUCGUCGCAGGAUUGAAGAACAAAAUGUAGAUGUUAACCUUUACCUAUUAAAAGUUUUAAAAUAGGUAACAUAAUGUCGGAAAAGAAAGAAGACAAAAAUUCUACAUCUGGCGGCUCUGUAUUAGCUCCAGAUAUAAAAAAAGCUGGAAUUUUACGAAAAUUAAAGACCAUGAAGAAGAAAUACUUUGUAUUAAGGACAGAUUCUGAUUCUGGGCCAGCCAGAUUGGAAUAUUAUGACAAUGAAAAAAAGUUCAAAGCUGGUGUGACAUCAAAAAGAUCCAUUGCUAUCAAGACUUGCUUCAACAUCAAUCGAAAAGUUGAUGCGAAACACAAGCUGGCCAUUGCACUGUAUACAAAAGACGACUGCUUUUCUGUAGUAGCAGAUAGUGAAGCUUCUCUUGAUGAGUGGCUGAAUGCCAUGUUAGAAUUGCAGCUAGAUGCACCUUGUCAAAAUGGAGGUGCUAAAUUAAAACCUAAGUUUGAGCAUGUUUGGCAGGUAACAGUUGGGGAUAAAUCAUUGGCUUCAGCACGAAAUAUGAAAGGCAUUUAUCGGUUAUGCUUAACUCCAAGCUCCUUGACAUUAAUUAAAGUGGACCAAACGGAACAUCCUGAAAUGCUGGAAUUUUCAUUAAUGAGCAUCAGAAGAUGUGGGCAUACAAACAACUAUUUUGUCAUUGAGCUUGGUCGGUCUUCCAUUACUGGAGCUGGUGAAAUCUGGUUGGAAACAGAGGAUGUUGUUAUAGCACAAAACAUGCACGAAGUCACACUAAAUGCCAUGAAGACGUGUAGAGAACACGAAGAUUUGGGUCCCUUAGCUCGGCCUCGGAGUGCAUCAAAUAGUGAAAAUUCCAGACCUAUUGCUACUAGGAGGCCAAUUGCUGUUGUCAGCCCGCAAGCUGUAUCAUAUGGCGGUAUUAGAGAGCGCUGUGAUAGCAUGCCUUCCAGGCCUAGAACUAUCAGUGAAGGCCAAGAAGUCAAUAACCGUGGAUAUUAUGCUCCACAAGGAUACAUACUUGAUUCCUUAAGGCCACAUAGUGGCUUUUCUCGCACAGUGUCAUAUUCACCUCCUGCAAUUCCAAAUCCUCUAAGCCCUGUUUCUGCAACUUGCUCAACUACAGAUAGCGCUGGUAGCUCAUUGUCUAUAGAUGAAUUUGAUGCUGGUCAACAAACAGAUUUUGCACACGGUCGUUACUGUCCGACUGACGGUGCAUUGCAUACAGAGCCUCCUAUUAAAGAAGAGCAACCUGAUGAAUAUGUACCUAUGUCUGUUGGAAGAAACAAUGAUGGUUACCUUUCAAUGGCCCCUAUAUCCUCUUCUGUACCUAAUGCACCACCUGUAUUUUUAAGUCUGAAUUCUGUAGAAUCUACGCAUUCAAGUUCCUUACCACCAAUAUCUCAAGCCAGUGACUACAUGGAAAUGAAAUCCCCUACUGAAGGAUACAUUAACAUGAGCCCUAUCGGUGCUAGUCCAGAGUUACGAGCUAAUAAGUCUUGCUCUUCACUGGAUACCUCAAACCCUGAUUUAAACCAAACCAAGGAUGGUUACAUCCCUAUGGCUCCUCUGAGAAAUCCAUACUCUUCAUCUUUUUCCACUCCUGUUACACAACAUGAAGGAUAUCUGGACAUGGUUCCUCUGUCGUCCUCCUUGCCAAAAACAUUUUCUGGGAUUGCUAAUCAUAAUAUUAGCAUAUCUACAAGAAAAGACAGCACAGCCAAGCUUUCUGAAACUUCUGUAUCUUCUCCUGGCAGCACAAACUUGGAGGAUUUUCCCUUGGACAAAGUUAAGUCAUUACUUGCGGAUGCAGAUGAUACCUCAUGUGACUCAUAUAUUCGUCCAGUUCGUGCGUAUUCGAUGGGAAGUCGUCCUCAGCCUAAGAAGUCACAUCUACCAUUGCAGUUGGAUGGUUCUCGAAUAAGAGCUUAUUCUGUAGGUAGUCAAGCAGCUCAGAAAAGAGUCAACAAUCCUUUAGAUCGCGAGCUUGGAAACUUAAUGAGGAUUGAUCCAAGAACGGGUGCUAAGUCAUCAAGUGCACCCCUAUUAAACAACAGGCCUCCAAGGGUUCGUUCUUCCACUAGUCGCGGAGAAGUAGGUGAAGAUUUGAUGGAAAUAGAUUACAACAAAGUUAAAUACCCUUCAACCGGCAUUGAUUUCUGCGAUUCUAAUUUCACCAUUGAACCUGUUGGACGUAGUCGUUCUGGUAGCUAUUCAUCAUCUACAAACUCUGCUAUUAAGAUGUUGCACGAUAGAGAUAAGGCAAAAUCUCAUUCAACUGGGCAUAGUUGUAGCAAAGAUAGCUCAGAAUAUACCAGUGACUACUUGUCUAUGUCUCCUUUGUCAGACAGUGGCAAAACAUCGAAGCCAAUUGCAUCUGUGAAUUCUUUGAAGAAGGAACAACCUACGAAUUCUAAAAAAGUUGAGCACUUGCAUCCACCCGGUGAUUACGUUAGUCUAGAUCCUUCCAGAACCUAUGAGACUAUGGCAAGUGUCCAAGCUUGUACUUUGUUAAGACCUGGACCUGCUGUCAGUGGUAUCGAUUGCAAUACAUCUCCCAGUAACCAAGGGAGGCAAAGUCCGAAUACUUCUUCCCCUGCAACCACAUCUCCUGUCAAACAAAUGGAAUACAAUUCUCAAAAUCACACUACUACUGAAAUUAAAGAAACUCUUGUCAAUAAAUCUGCUGAUGAUCAACUAAGGUUUGAUAAGCAAAUCAAUUCGGAUUACAUGUGUAUGGACUAUCAGAAAAAUGUUCGCAAUUCUAAUCUCAUUUCUUCUGAUAAAAUACCAGCCAAUGAGCAUUCCUACUCAAGUCUUAAUACUGAUAAAGCUAAAAAGGUCGAACCUAUUCAGCUUUCAGAAAAAUCAAGCAAUGUACCUUCAGCAUCACCGUUUAAAGAUUCAACAUCUUCUCCUAUUUCAAAGUCACCAUCACCGCGAACAUCUGGUAACGUUGCAUUGAAUUACGUGCCUAAAACACCGCCUCCUUCUCCAAGCUUUGGUGCCAUUUCUACUCCUAUUUCUGGUGCUCCAUUUAUGGAAAAUCUUGUGCGUCGCCUGUCACAGCCUUCUGGGACUAACAUAACGCAGCCUACAAAUUGUUCUCGUCCGAAUUCAACGUGUGGAGAAAUUCGCUUGAACUAUGCCUCUUUAGAUUUGCCACCCGCUUCAGAAGAAGAUAACAAGUGCAUGCCUGGGAGAUUGCGGAAAUCUCUCGAAGGUGAAACCAAAGAAGCACCACUGACUUAUGCACAGAUAGAUUUUUCACCUAUAAAACAGAAAGCUUUCCAAGAGUCGGAAAGCUUGAGUCACCUAUAAAUUCUCAGUUGUAUUUCUUUGUUCUUCAGUGCCUGAUUAUAUAUGCAUUAAAUAAAUAAGGAUUUUAAAUUAAAAAAAUCAAACACAUUAUAACUCUCAUGAAUUUACUGAGUAAAAGUGUAAGAAUUAAUUAUUACAUCUCAGAAAUAACAAAAUUACUUCAAGAAGCUUCAAUAAAAUGUUUGGUUUUAAUAUUUUCUUCUAAGCUAAUUGAUAAUCACCUAAGACGCCACUAAGGUUUUCACCUAGCAGAUCAUUAAGGUGAAGGUUAAAACUGCAAUGUGUGACAAAUAUAGAAAUUUAAAUCUAAUCAUUCUCCAAAAACAAAUUUUACUGAAAAAUUAGAAAAAAUCUGCUUAAUAAGGACCUGUAAUAUUCUUUGCAAUGAAAAUGCAUGAAGUUAAGAUUUAUUCAAUCUUCUAACAUGCCUAAUGUUGGUUUCACUGUUUUUACAUCGUAAUUAUCAACUACUUUUUUUUUAUUUAAACUAGUCUUGUAAUGCUCAAAGUUUCUUAAAAUCUGUUAUGAGUUUAAAAUUAAUGAAAAGGGUAAAAAUUUGAGAAAUAAUGGAGUUUUUCAAAGGUAGAUGAUUGUCUUCAAGAGUAACUGUUCAAGUAUCAUCAAAACUUAAAAGCUUUCCAUUUAAUGCUUGUGCAUGUUAUCAUUUUGUUUUUCAAGUUUUGCUCAAAAGAAAAAAAAUAAUUUAUACAAAAUAUUAAUAUUAUAAAAAUGUCUAAAAUGAUUACAAGAAAUUCAUUUGAAGUGCAAAUUUUGAAUCUGACAAUCAUAAAUGAUUUUAGAUAAUCUUUAACCAUUCCUCAACUUUUCACCUUAUCAUUGCAAAUAUGUCAAAAAUUCAGUUUUCAGAAAUAUCACCAGCUUUCUGCUCCCCUCCCUCCUGACUAAAUUCUUAUAUGAAACCAUUUACAUAGCUAUAAUUCUGUCUAGUCCCCCUAAAUAUCGAUAUUGUUAAAGGUCCAAUAUCAAUUAUAUUGUAUAUGAUUGUAUUUCAAUUGAAUGAUCAUGGUUAUCCUUUAUAUCUUAGUCAAAUGUUUCUCGAUUCUAAAAUUCUCAAUAUACUAAUCUACUCUUUUUGACACAACUAAUAGUUCUGUGAAGAGUAAACCUCACUGAGGCAUGGCCAUGGGGUCACCCUCUCCAAUUCAUAAAUUAAGGACCUUCACCAUUUAAAGCUUUACCGACAGAUAUCCGCUCUACAUGAAUUUUUUAAUAAUUCACCAAAAUGAACAAACACUCAGUGUUAUUUGUCACAAAAGUAACUGUUUUUAUCUGUCAAUUAAUCCCUAUGCAUUUAAAAAUGAAUCUAGUAUUCAAAAUUUUCCAAAGCAUUUUUGUACUGAUUAUUAUUUUAAACACUUAUGUGCCAUGAGUUUAGUAUUUUUACAUACUUGAACAAUCCAGUUGAAUUCCUAAGUUUCAUGUUAUUUUAAAGAAAAUUGUCUUUAUUAUCAUAGAUUUUGAAACGAUGAAGAUAAAUUUACAUACCUUCAAAAAAAAAAAAAAUGCUUGCAACAUUUCUGAAAUAUUCAGUAAAUUCCAUUGAAAAGCUAAUAACGAAAUCAAAAAGUGCAUCAGCAUAAAUUCCAAAAUUAAAUUUUGCAUUGUGUAAUCUGGCACUGAAAUUUUAAUUUCAUUCCCUUGAUUUAAUUUACCCUAAUUGUUCCUUGUGAGGAAGUUGUGAAUUGCCAUACAUAUUGCUUUGUCAUUGCAACAUUCAGUUGUAGGUUUGAAAUUAACAAUGUUUUUUAUAUUCACUAAGAUUUCAAAAAAAAUUUGUUUUCAUUUGAAUUGUUGUACUUUGUUAAUUACUGUUAAUUGUUGAAUGGUGGUUGUUUGAAUAAAAAUGUAGAAUAAUUUUACAAAUAUGUUAUAAAUUGUCUAUUAAAAUAGAUGCUAGAGCUAUGCAAAUAGUUGCUGUUAUAAAAAAAUAAAAGUGCUAAAAUUUUAAUUUUUUAUACAUAUGUAAACAUUUAAGGAAAUAGUUUUAAUGUACAGAUAUGUGUGUGAAGUUUUCAUUUUGUGGAAACCUUCAUUUUGUUAAAAUGCUUAUUACAAUAAAGAGUUUCAGAUUUUAUAAAUUAUAAAAAUUAUAUAUUUUUAAAAAUUGGGUUUAUAAUUAAUAAUGAAAACUUGCACAAGUAUGUAAACUAUUGAACACUGCCAGUGAUUUUCUUUAUGUAAAUUAAUAAAACAGCUUUCUUUGCCAAAAAUAAAAGCUAUUAU